AUGGCACGCCGCCUCAGACACGACGCCUACACGGUCGGAUGGGUGUGCGCCCUGACGGACGAGCUCACUGCAGCGCAGGAGAUGCUUGACGAGGAACACCAAGACUUGGCUUCGAAUAGCAACGACUCAAACAUAUACAUGCUAGGGUGUAUUGGGGGCCACAACGUCGUCCUUGCGUGUCUGCCCGCAGGCCAAACAGGUACCAACUCUGCUGCGACCGUCGCCAUACAGAUGAAGACCACAUUCCCAGCGAUUCGAUUCGGGCUGAUGGUGGGAAUCGGAGGCGGGGUGCCAGGCAAAGAUGCAGAUGUUCGUCUUGGCGACAUUGCUGUCAGCCAGCCGGCAAACGGUCAUGGUGGUGUGGUGCAGUACGAUUUCGGGAAAUCUACUCCAAGUGGAUUCAAGCGGACAGGAUUCCUCAAUGCUCCACCCCCAAUCCUCCUCGCUGCGAUUACGAAACUUCGAUCCAACCAAGACCGAGGGAGAGGCAGUCUGACACCACACCUGUUGAAGCUUAGCAACCUCCCAAAGUUCAGCCGCGAUCAAGCAGGAACAGAUGUGCUGUUCGAAGCGGAGUAUAAUCAUGUUGGAGAGGGGAGCUUUCACUAUGGUACGAUUGCAUCGGGGAACCAGGUGAUGAGGGACGGUGUAGAGCGGGACAAGGUCAGCUCGGAGUUUGAAGGAGUUCUCUGCUUUGAGAUGGAAGCGGCCGGCCUCAUGAACAAUUUCCCGUGCCUAGUGAUCCGCGGAAUCUGCGACUACUCUGACUCGCACAAGAACAAGAGAUGGCAGCCAUAUGCGGCGGGAACAGCAGCGGCGUACGCGAAGGAGCUUCUGCUGGUGAUCCCGGCGGCAGAUGUGGUGAAUACGCAGACAGUCAAUAAAGCAACGCAAGAGCACAUGCGCAGUUUCUACCUCCCUUUUUUGCGGAAUCUUCAAUUUGUCGGUCGAAGUGCAGAGCUUGAUACGCUGAAGCAAAAACUGCUUGUGAAUAAAGAUUGCCGGAAGGUAGCGCUCAGCGGCCUUGGUGGUAUUGGCAAGACACAAGUGGCGCUACAAUUCGCGUACUCCUUCAAGGAAGACUACCCGGAAUUUUCCAUCUUCUGGGUACAAGCGUUAAGCAUGGAGACUUUUGAGCAGGGUUGCAUGGAAAUAGCGAGAGCACUGGGACUGCACCAAGACCAGGAGAGCAAAGAAGACGUUAAAGAGCUAAUCCGGCGACAGCUAUGCACAAAGAGCGCGGGAAAGUGGUUGUUGAUAGUUGAUAACGUUGACGACCUGGACUUGCUUCGCGGGCUCCAUCAAACGGACGGCUUACUAGCCUUUCUGCCAGAAAGUGAUGAUGGCCUGUCAAUAUUCACGACGCGACAUGGAGAAGUAGCCCAGCACCUGGCGGGCAGCGACGUGGUUGAGAUUGGAAGGAUGACGGGACAGGAGACAGUGAACUUGUUAGAGAAAUCGCUGGUUCGAAAGAGCCCUUCUCAUAACAACCAGAUCGUGAUGGACCUUCUCACAGAGCUUGAAUACCUCCCGUUGGCUAUUACCCAGGCGGCAGCAUAUAUCAACACAAACAAGAGCUCCAUCUCCGAGUAUCUGCGGCUCUUAAAGAGCACAGAGCAGGAUGCUGUUGCUAUCAUGAGCACGGAUUUUGGCGACAGAACACGAUACCCAAACUUGACAAAUGCAGUCGCGAAGACAUGGACGAUAACAUUCAACAAAAUUCUCGAACGGGAUCCAUUAGCGACAGAUCUCCUCGCAUUCAUAUCUUGCAUCGAAUGGAGGGCAAUCCCGUACUCCAUUUUACCAGCAGCUCAUCCCGAAGCGCGCUUGGCGGGGGCCAUCGGCACACUCUGCUCCUACUCAUUCCUGGAGAAAAGGGAUAAUGGCACCAAGCUCGACAUGCAUAGACUUGUCCACUUAGCGACCAGAAUGUGGGUGAAUCAGAAUGGCCGCGAAAUAGAGACGAGAACGACAGCAAUGAAGCACCUCUCGCAAAUCUUUCCGUCUGGCGAUUACACUGACCGCGAGAUCUGGCGGGAUUAUUUCCCGCAUGUGGCUCACAUAAAGAAGGAUGAGCAAUGCCAAGAUACAGAGGAGAAAAGCGAGCUCUGUCUGAAGGUCGGGCGCUGCUUAUUCACUGAUGGGCGGAUGAAAGAAGCUGUUCUUUGGCUACGGGAGUCUUGCGAGUGGAGGGAUAAAAAUCUUGCCCAAGAUGACUCGGGUCGACUAGCAUCGCAGCACACGCUCGCCGUGACAUACGAAGCAAACGGGCAGGUUAAGGAGGCAGUCGAGCUACUCGAGCAUGUUGUCGCGAUAGAAGCGGAAUAUACGCUCGCCGGAGCAUAUCAAGCAAACGGACAAGUUAAAGAGGCAGUCGAGCUACUUAAGCAUGUUAUCGCGAUACGAGCGGAAGUACUCGCAGAAGACCAUCCCGAUCGACUAGCGUCGCAGCAUACGCUCGCUAGUGUAUAUCAAGUAAACGGACAAGUCAAGGAGGCAGUCGAGCUCCUUAAGUAUAUUAUCGCGAUACAAGCGGAAGUGCUAGCAGAAGACUAUCCCGAUCGACUAGCGUCGCAGCAUACGCUCGCUAGUGCAUAUCAAGCAAACGGACAAGUCAAGGAGGUAGUCGAGCUCCUUAAGUAUAUUAUCGCGAUACAAGCGGAAGUGCUAGCAGAAGACCAUCCCGAUCGACUAGCGUCGCAGCAUACGCUCGCUAGUGCAUAUCAAGCAAACGGACAAGUCAAGGAGGCAGUCGAGCUCCUUAAGUAUAUUAUCGCGAUACAAGCGGAAGUGCUAGCAGAAGACCAUCCCGAUCGACUAGCGUCGCAGCAUACGCUCGCUAGUGCAUAUCAAGCAAACGGACAAGUCGAGGAGGCAGUUAAGCUACUUAAGUAUGUUAUCGCGAUACGAGCGGAAGUGCUAGCAGAAGACCAUCCCGAUCGACUAGCGUCGCAGUAUGCGCUCGCUAGUGCAUAUCAAGCAAACGGACAAGUCAAGGAGGCAGUCGAGCUCCUUAAGUAUGUUAUCGCGAUAGAAGCGGAAGUGCUAGCAGAAGACCAUCCCGAUCGACUAGCGUCGCAGCAUACGCUCGCUACGGAAGUGCUAGCAGAAGACCAUCCCUCACGACUAGCGUCGCAGCAUACGCUCGCUAGUACAUAUCAAGCAAACGGACAAGUCAAGGAGGCAGUCGAGCUCCUUAAGUAUAUUAUCGCGAUACGAGCGGAAGUGCUAGCAGAAGACCAUCCCGAUCGACUAGCGUCGCAGCAUACGCUCGCUAGUGCAUAUCAAGCAAACGGACAAGUCAAGGAGGCAGUCGAGCUCCUUAAGUAUAUUGUCGCGAUACAAGCGGAAGUACUAGCAGAAGACCAUCCCUCACGACUAGCGUCGCAGCAUACGCUCGCUAGUACAUAUCAAGCAAACGGACAAGUUAAGGAGGCAGUCGAGCUCCUUAAGUAUAUUAUCGCGAUACGAGCGGAAGUACUAGCAGAAGACCAUCCCUCACGACUAGCGUCGCAGCAUACGCUCGCUAGUGUAUAUCAAGUAAACGGACAAGUCAAGGAGGCAGUCGAGCUCCUUAAGUAUAUUAUCGCGAUACGAGCGGAAGUGCUAGCAGAAGACCAUCCCGAUCGACUAGCGUCGCAGCAUACGCUCGCUAGUGCAUAUCAAGCAAACGGACAAGUCAAGGAGGCAGUCGAGCUCCUUAAGUAUAUUGUCGCGAUACAAGCGGAAGUGCUAGCAGAAGACCAUCCCUCACGACUAGCGUCGCAGCAUACGCUCGCUAGAGCAUAUAAAGCAAACGGACAAGUUAAGGAGGCAGUCGAGCUACUUGAGUAUGUUAUUACAAUCAAAGCGGAAGUGUUAGCAGAAGACCAUCCCUCACGACUAGCGUCGCAGCAUAUGCUUGCUAUUGCAUAUCAAGCAAACAGACAGGUCGAGGAGGCAGUCGAGCUACUCGAGCAUGUUGUCGCGAUACGAGCGGAAGUGCUUGCGGAAGACCAUCCUAAUCGAUUAAUAUCAGAGAUGGUGCUUGCUGAUUUCUAUGAGGACCUACUGAAGAGGUCUGAAACGGAGCAGUCAUCUGUAUCUUCUAUUGAAGAACUCGCGGCUGAGGAUGGAGACCAAUAUCAGUUGAACCGAGCACCUGAGGUUCCACAGGCGACAUUGUGUAACAGCAGUGCAUCUGAUGCGAUCUUCGACCAGGCACCAGUAGAUCAGGAACUGGAGUCAAGCAGUUCUUCGAAGAGAAGACACCUCGUGAGGCGGCUGAAGGUUAUUUUAAGAAAAGGCAAGUAG